AUGGCGGGGAUCAUAAGCCCUAGCCCUACGGCUCUUUAUUUCUCCAGUAAUGUCGGCACGAGGCGGUUGAAAGUGGGGAGCUUGGCGGGAAAGAACGGAAUUCGCCGGAGAAACCUGAGAAUUGCGGCGGAGGUGAGAUUCGUGAAUGCAGAAGAAGCCAAGCAGCUAAUAGCAGCGGAAGGUUACUCGGUGGUGGAUGUAAGAGACAAGACUCAGUUCGAGAGAGCUCACAUAAAAUCUUGCCGCCAUAUCCCUCUCUUCAUUUUCAACGAAGACAACGAUCUUGGGACGAUAAUAAAGAGGACAGUGCACAACAACUUCUCAGGGCUCUUCUUUGGUCUGCCUUUCACUAAAAUGAAUCCGGAGUUCCUUAAAGCCGUUAGAAACGAGUUUUCACCAGACAGCAAACUUUUAGUUGUUUGCCAAGAAGGUCUCAGAUCUGCAGCUGCAGCUAGUAAAUUGGAGGAAGCAGGUUACGAAAACAUUGCUUGUGUAACAUCAGGACUGCAAUCUGUAAAACCAGGGACAUUUGAAUCGGUUGGUUCAACCGAGUUGCAGAAUGCAGGCAAAGCAGGGCUUAUCACAGUUCAAGGCAAGAUCUCUGCAGUCUUAGGAACAGUGCUCGUCUGUGCUUUGUUGUUCAUUACCUUCUUCCCGGACCAAGCAGAGAAGUUACUUCCUCCAAGCUAA